CUGCCGAGAUGAGAGUUAUACCUCACCAGCGCUCCUGGCUUCCCACCUCAGGACAAGUCCUUGCAGGGCAGCUAGAAAGCUCCGCCUCUUGGCCUUCCCUUCUCUUGGGCUAGUCACACAUCCCUCAGGUGUUUUUCUUGCCUAACAACCACUUGUCUCGGCUUUUUUCCUCCUUUCUUCAGGAGGAGAAGGAGCUCUUCUCCAAACACCAAGGGAGGAAGAAAAUCCCGGGCAGAGGGAGAUUCUGCUGAACUGGAGCCCUGCUCUUUUGCGCUCUCUCUCUCUGUGUGUGGAUUUGUGGUUUUGUGGCUUGGGUGAGCUGCUCAGGCAACAGAGAGAGAGAGAGAGAGAGAGAGAGGGUGUCCCUCUCUCUCUCUUUCUGUGCUGCAGUUUCUUCCUGAACUGAGAGAGGGGGAGGAAAGCGAGGCGUGUGUGGGAGAGCUGCGAGCAGUGAAGGUUUGGUUGCUAAUGUGCACCACUAAGAGCUUUGGGGUGUUUGGCAGGAGACUGGGGGCUCUGAAGGGUUGCUUUGCUCUUCUCUCUCUCUCUCUCUCUCUCUCCUGUGUUUCCAUGAUCCAAUCAGCUCCCAAAGGAGGCAAAGGAAGCAGUUCUGCUCCUGUAUGAAGAAGUGAUUCAGCAGCUCAGCUCGCCUCCUUCCUUUCUGGAAAAGGGAAGGCAGGAAAGGGAUUGGAUUUGUAUUGGUGGACUCGACAGCAUGGCCCAGAGCCUGGGGACCCCAGGCUGCCCUGUCCCCUGACGACUCUUGCGCCCUGAGCCACGCCCGAGUUGGCAAGGCAGCCCUAAGUUUCUUCUUCUCCAAGGAGAAAGCAUCCUGUUUGCUCGGUGCCAUGUCCGGAGGCAUGAAGUUCAACGGGUACAUGAAGGUGCGCAUUGGGGAGGCGGUGGGGCUCCAGCCCACCCGCUGGUCGCUCAGGCACUCGCUCUUCAAGAAGGGACACCAGCUGUUGGACCCCUACAUCACGGUGAGCGUGGACCAGGUGCGUGUGGGGCAAACAACGACCAAGCAGAAGACCAACAGGCCAACCUACAAUGAGGAGUUCGGCACAGCUGUCAACGAUGGGCGUCAGCUGGAGCUGGCGGUCUUCCAUGGCACCCCCAUUGGCUACGAUGACUUUGUGGCCAAUUGCACGGUGCACUUCCACGACCUGCUCCACAGCACUGGGUCAUCGGACAGCUUUGAAGGCUGGGUGGACCUGGAACCAGAAGGGAAAGUGUUUGUUGCGAUAACCCUCUCUGGAAGCUUUACUGAAGGAACUCUCCAGAGGGACAGAAUUUUUAAGCACUUUACCCGGAAACGCCAACGGGCAAUGCGAAGGCGGGUUCAUCAAGUCAAUGGUCACAAGUUUAUGGCUACCUAUUUGCGCCAACCAACAUAUUGCUCGCACUGUCGUGAAUUUAUCUGGGGAGUAUUUGGGAAGCAGGGAUACCAGUGCCAAGUUUGCACGUGUGUUGUACACAAGCGUUGCCACCAUCUCAUUGUUACAGCUUGCACAUGCCAGAACAAUAGUAACAAGGCAGACACAAAGAUUUCUGAGCAGAGAUUUGGAAUCAACAUCCCCCACAAAUUCAGGAUCCACAAUUACAAAGUGCCAACCUUCUGCGACCACUGUGGAUCCUUGCUCUGGGGCAUCAUGCGGCAAGGACUGCAGUGCAAAAUAUGUAAAAUGAAUGUACAUAUACGAUGUGAAGUGAACGUAGCACCCAAUUGUGGGGUGAAUGCUGCAGAGCUGGCCAAGACACUGGCAUGUAUGGGCCUGCAGCCAGGAAAUAUUUCUCCGAAUGGGAAACUGGUCUCCAGGGCAACGCUGAGGCGCCAGAAAAAAGAGAGUGCAAAGGACGGCAAUGGUGUAGCUGAAGUCUCAGCGAGCAGGCUCAAAAUCGAGGAUUUACUAUUCAUCCGAGUUCUGGGAAAGGGCAGCUUCGGAAAGGUGAUGCUGGCUAAAACAAAGCAGACAGGAUAUCUUUAUGCCAUCAAAGUGCUGAAGAAAGACGUGAUUCUCCAAGAUGACGACGUGGAAUGCACCCUGACUGAGAAGCGGAUCCUAACCCUCGCAAGGAACCAUCCAUUUCUGACCCAGCUCUAUUGCUGCUUUCAGACACCUGAUCGCCUCUUCUUUGUCAUGGAGUUUGUGAAUGGAGGUGACUUGAUGUUCCACAUCCAGAAAUCCCGUCGCUUCGAUGAAGCCAGAGCCCGAUUUUACGCCGCAGAAAUCAUUUCGGCCCUCAUGUUCCUCCACGAGAAAGGCAUCAUUUACAGGGAUUUGAAGCUGGAUAACGUGCUGCUAGAUCACGAGGGACACUGCAAGCUGGCAGAUUUUGGGAUGUGCAAAGAAGGAAUCCGUGAUGGGGUCACCACAGCGACAUUCUGCGGAACGCCCGACUAUAUCGCCCCAGAGAUUUUACAAGAGAUGCUUUAUGGUCCUGAUGUUGACUGGUGGGCAAUGGGAGUGCUACUCUAUGAGAUGCUCUGUGGCCACGCCCCCUUUGAAGCUGAAAAUGAGGAUGACCUCUUUGAGGCCAUCCUCAACGAUGAAAUCGCCUAUCCAUCUUGGCUCCAGGAAGAUGCCGUGACGAUCUUGAAGGCCUUCAUGACCAAGAACCCCAAAAUGCGCCUUGGUAAUAGUGCAUUGGGUGGAGAGACAGCGAUCCUCUUGCACCCAUAUUUUAAGGAACUGGAUUGGGACCUGCUGAACCAGCGCCAAAUAGAACCACCUUUCCGCCCUCGAAUUAAAUCAAAAGAAGAUGUGAGCAACUUUGAUCCUGAAUUUUUAAAAGAAGAGCCUAUCUUAACCCCCAUUGAAGAAGGAAUUCUUUCCAUGAUCAAUCAAGAGGAAUUUAAAAACUUUUCUUAUACGGACCCAGAAUUAGAGCCUUAGCCACGUCUGCAGGUGCUGACCGGCCUCUUCACCUGAUGCAGAGGAAGAGGUGCAAUUUAGGAUUGCCUGAAAAUUUGUUCAGCUAGAAUAUCCAACACAGACAGCCUUGUGUUCAUGCCUCACGUACAAGAGGAACACAGUUCAUUUAAUGUUGGAGCAGAGGGACUGUCUUGGAAUUUUUGAAGCAACCAGAACAAAUAUUUAUAGCACGGCCGACAAAUCUACUUCAGUGAAUGGAUGAUGUGGAAAGAGGAAUUUAGUUGAGCUCAUUGGCUCAGGACAGCUGUCUGGAAGUGCUGGAAAGAUGCAAUCAGCCCUGAGCCCAAAUGAUAUUUAUACAGUGCUGACUUCCUGCAAAGCUUCUCUUGAAAGCACCUUCUGGAGACAGGGUGGCAAAAAGAGGGUUGAACUGUAUCUAGGGAAAGCAUCGCAUAUGGCUCUACCUUACUUGAAAAACAUAUAGUAUACAGUUCUUCCUCCAUCUGGGCAAAAAUGGGCCUCUGAAAUGUUUUGGGCUUCCAUUUAAAGAGAUAUUUCAUUGCCAGAAGCAAUUAAAAAAAAAAGCCUGCAAGGCAAGAAACCCUUCCAUGCAGAGGCCCCAAUCCAACCUCAGUCAUGAUUUGUUGUAUGCAAGUGCUGGCCCCAGAUGGGAUUGUACUAUCCUUAUUUCCGUCAGAUGCAUCCAAUCAAGUAAAAUGAGGAAAGAGAAGCCUCACAAUGUGCUUUCAUAUUUUUGUGUGUGUGUGUCUGUGUGUGUGUGAAUCUUCCUUGCUAAAACGGGGAGUAAAAAUGUAUGUGGAUGUUUUUAACAGAGUGAGACCACCUGCUACCUCUGUGUGUUGUUAUUCAUAAGAUGAGGGGAAAUUUAUUUCCUGUGUUUGUCAAAUACUGAGAUGAUCUGGGGCUCACUAUGUGUUUCCCCCCUAUCCUCAGUGUACCUUUCCUGUUUAAAACAGACCGUGUAAAGCACUCUCUGCCUUUUACCUCAAAGGCCAUUUUUACUUUGAUUCCCUUUAAAAAUGGAUGUUUUAUUUUGGGUUCAUUAAAAUAAAAAGAGUCAAAAUGG